GCCAGCAAGCAAGACCUGCGCGUUCACACCUGACCGACCGACCCUUCGGCGACAGUAGGGCCCGCCUCGUUUGCCGGCCGGCCGGCCGCCGAAGCCGACGCUCGGUGAGCUUCCCCGCCCGCCGCCGGCGCAGCAGCAGGAGAGAUGAACUGGGGGCUGGCAGCCGCCGUGGCGUCCGCCGCUGCCGUCGCGGCCGCGUCCGGCGCCGAGCUCCUCGCCUGCGACUGCGACGCCGCCGCACCGCCGGCCGUCGGGAGGUGCGACGGCCUGCUUCUCUCGCGGCAGCACCACGACGACGAGGCCCGCGAGGGGUCGGCGUCGUUGGCGUCGGCGUCGACGGAGAAGCCUCGCGGCGGAGGCGGCAACAGGUUCGCGCCGCGCUUCGACGGGCUGCGCUUCAUCGAGACGCUCGUCACGGCGCACCGCUGAAAAACGACGCAUCGUCCGGUGGUAAUUCUCGCCAUGAUUCGGCGAUCGAUUGUUGGUGGCGCUUAGGCCAACCAGUUUUGUUAGGACAAUUCGGGCUUCCCUUUCCCCUCUCCUUCGUCUGUGUUUUCUCCUCCUGUUGUCGAUGAUGAUGAUGAUUACUGUGUCCAUCAAUCCGUGCGUGCGUUUGUGUGUGUUUGAGAGAGAGGAUGAAGACUAUAAGCGGCAUCUAAAUUUGAGCACAUACUCUUAAUACUAUGUUCCAUAAUCAUUCAUCACCUUA